CUAUAGACGAUCUUUGAGCUCCACCAUCCCUCGGCGUGCGGAAGCAUGAUGAGCUUUCAGCCAUUUUAGCGUCUUUUUUUAAGCACAACGAGCUUAAUUUUUUUCGUAAACGCAACUAGCUUCUAUUUAGCUCAAGUCCAGUCGUCGUCACUUUCCAAGGGAGCGUCAGGGGCGGAUGAGAGCUCGCCUCGUGUUCGUGUGGUCGCGGUGACGCGCUCGGCACGUGCACGCCACGGCAACCGAAACUGAAGUGUAAAGCGUCAUGGGAAGUUUGACACACACAAGACCACCGAGCGACAACCUGAUCCUGUGACACACACACACACACACACACACACACAGUAGGUGAUGGACCAAGGCUUCAGCUUGACUACACUGAAGAAAAUGGCGGCGGAAGCCGACUACACCGAUGUGUCGCUCACCGCCCCCGAGCGCGUACGAGCGCUCGCCAAGAUGGGUGCCAACGUCGAGAUCAACGAGGACGUGGAGCCGUGGCGUUACUUCCGCUCCGGCGUGGAGAUGGAGCGCAUGGCCGCCGUUUACCUGGAAGAGGGAAGCCUGGAGAACGCCUACGUCCUGUACACCAAGUUCAUCACCUUAUUUGUGGAGAAGUUGCCGGCCCACAAGGACUACCAGCAGUGUCGCGUUCCAGAGAAGCAGCUCGUCAUGCAGAAACUCCAGGACGUUGCGUUUUCCCGCAAGGAUGAACUGAGAAGACGAUUGGAGGAGAAGUACAGCAGAGAACACGCCCACUUCCUGCAAGUCCAGAAACAAGCGGAGGCCGAUGGUAGGCGGGACCAGCCACUGCAGCACCUCCCCGUAUUGGACGAGGACAGGAGGCGUGUCCGUUUGCUGGAGUCGGAGAGGCAGCGCGUCGCCGCCAUGCGACGCAUGCAGAUUGAAUCGGAACAGUUUCGCUACUUCGAGGAGCAGCUGAGGCGACAGGAAGUGGACAACAGGAGAGGCGAGGGGGCGGAGCACAAGGUUGCGGAGGUGCCAGACGGCUCCUGUUGGUCUCGACAAUCAAUCAGGGAUGGCGUACGAUCGCAGAGGGCGGAGCCCAACAGAAAGAGGCCGCCUCCUCCUGUCAGCCAAUCAGCCGCCACGCUGGCCGGUGUGCACAGUGAGAGGGCGGAGCUUCUCAGGCGGAUGGUGAUUCCCAAGGACUUGACCUCACGUUUCCUUCUGCUGGCCGACUCCAACUCCGCCCACGGGAUCGAAACCUGCGGUGUGCUGUGCGGCCGCCUGCAACACGACCAGUUUGUGGUGACCUUCCUGGUGAUCCCAAAACAGUCGUCCGGUCCCGACUUCUGCGACAUGGAGAACGUGGAGGAGCUGUUCAGCUUCCAGGACCAACAUAACCUUCUGACGCUGGGCUGGAUCCACACUCAUCCCACUCAGACGGCGUUCCUGUCCAGCGUGGACCUCCACACGCAUGGCGCCUACCAACUGAUGCUGCCGGAGGCCGUCGCCAUCGUCUGUGCUCCCAAACACAACGACGUUGGCGUGUUCAGGCUUACCUGCGCAGGAAUGUCGGAGGUUUCGAGCUGCCGCCUGAAAGGUUUCCAUCCUCACUCCAAAGACCCGCCUCUUUUCUCGGUGUGUGAGCAUGUGCAGGUGAGGGACUCCACCAUCAAUGUGCUGGACCUCAGGUGACACAGGUGACAGGUUGGUCUAGCUCCCCUAGAGGCAGGAGGACUAACUUGCAUUUAUGUGCUCUUGCUAUUGCUAGCUAAGCAUUUUGCUAAUAAAUUCAUAUGUGGCUUGAAAGACUUGAUGAC